CCUUGUAGGUUACUUCCGGUGAGAUCGAUCGCAACGCCAAUGGUUCCGAAGUAGUAGUCCGUAUUUCAACUGUAGGGACGCUCAGUAAUUGUUUGUGUACGUGUUAAUCAUAUGUGGUUAAGGCAGCAGAAAUGAACCAAGAAAAGUUGAAGAAACUACAGGCCCAGGUGCGGAUUGGAGGGAAAGGCACACCGCGAAGGAAGAAGAAGGUUGUUCAUGCAACCGCAGCUACUGAUGACAAGAAGUUGCAAAGUUCGUUGAAGAAGCUUUCAGUAAAUACUAUACCUGGCAUCGAAGAAGUAAAUAUGAUCAAGGAUGACGGUACUGUAAUUCACUUUAAUAAUCCUAAAGCCCAAGCGUCUUUAGCGGCCAAUACAUUUGCCAUCACUGGCCUUGGAGAAACCAAGCAAAUUACAGAAAUGUUACCGGGUAUUCUAAGUCAGUUGGGCACUGAAGGUUUGACUCAAUUAAAGCGCCUGGCAUCGAGUGUGGCAAACAGUGCUGCAGGCGGCAAAGCUAGCAUUGAAGAAGACGACGAAGUUCCUGAACUUGUUGAGAACUUCGACGAGGCAAGUAAGGAAGAGGUUGCAGUAAUAUCAGAUAAAUCCAAGGGGAAGGACGCUGAUGGAUCCUCAGGUGACGGAAAACAGGAAGAAAAAUCCAAAGAAAAUAAGGCGGAAGCAACAAACAAGGACAAGGAGAAUUGAAGAAUCUGAAGGCUCAGUUAUUUUGCCGUGAAGAGUAGCUGUACCCCUGAAUCCUCCAAGCAGCGGCAGCAGUCUUCAUGGACAUUUUGAUGUGCAUUUGCAACAUCAGUUCUAUAAAAAUUUACUCUCAUUGUAUGUGAAUAGAAUCAAAAUCAAAGUUUAAUAAAAAUAACUUUGAGUGAUUGUAUACUUGCUUGAUAUAAUUGAAAGAAAAAAGUUAAUUUUCGUUUCUCUUACAUGUUAUAAAGCUCUUAAACUUCGGAGGAGAAAUGUUGAGUUAGUGUCUUGAAGUUGUUUUGUAUUCUUUAACCACACUAUUUUAUCAGCUGUUGAGCAAGUGAGACUUAACUAGCAGAUUGUAUAAUAAAACUGAUAAAAAAAAACCUUUGUGAUAUAUUGAUUGCUA